UCCCAUCAAUGUCCGAGCGAAUGAACGGAUUCCACUUCCAACGGCGGGCUCCCUUUGACUUCUCCCUUUCCUUCCAGCAAUGAAUGCAAGAAGGACAAAACCCAGACACACAAAACACCUUACGAACGACAAAGAAAAAACGCGCACAACACACACUGGCGCACCGAACAUCCACUUAGCUUAGUUUGAGAGGCGGGUAGACUGUGGAGAAGCAGUGGCAAUGGGGUGGGCAAUAGCAUUGCACGGCGGCGCCGGUGACAUCCCAAAAGAUUUGCCACCAGAACGACGUAAACCCCGCGAAGCCACCCUUCGCCGCUGCUUAGAGAUCGGAGUUGCAGCUCUCAAAGCCCACAAAUCUGCCUUGGAUGUUGUUGAACUUGUGGUACAGGAACUGGAAAAUUGUCCACACUUCAAUGCUGGCAGAGGAUCUGUACUGACAACAGAUGGCACUGUGGAAAUGGAAGCUUCUAUCAUGGAUGGUAAAACGAAAAAUUGUGGAGCUGUUUCUGGUCUUACCACGGUUGUCAAUGCCAUUUCUCUAGCUAGGCUGGUCAUGGAGAAGACUCCUCAUAUAUACCUUGCAUUUGAUGGAGCAGAGGCUUUCGCCCGGGAACAAGGGGUUGAAACUGUAGACUCGAGCCAUUUCAUCACUCCUGAAAACAUUGAGAGGCUGAAGCAGGCAAGAGAAGCUAACAGAGUUCAGAUAGACUAUACCCAACCUAUUAAAAAAGCUCCAAAGAUAGCACCAGUUCCAGAGGGGGACCAAAUUGGUACUGUUGGAUGCGUGGCCAUUGAUACACAGGGGAAUUUAGCUACUGCUACUUCUACUGGUGGGUUAGUCAACAAGAUGGUGGGUAGAAUUGGUGACACUCCCAUCAUUGGCACAGGGACAUAUGCCAACCAUUUGUGUGCAGUUUCGGCUACUGGCAAAGGUGAAUCCAUAAUUCGUGCUACUGUUGGUAGAGAUGUGGCUGCUCUCAUGGAGUAUAAAGGGCUCUCACUCGAGGAUGCUGCAGCUUAUGUUGUUGAGGAAGGUGCACCAAAGGGCACUGUCGGCUUGGUUGCUGUGUCUGCCACAGGCGAAGUAACCAUGCCAUAUAAUACAACUGGUAUGUUUAGAGCUUGUGCAACAGAAGCUGGUCAUACUGAACUCGGAAUUUGGAGUAGUGAGUCAAAUGAGUAAAUGAUAUUGAGUAAUCGCUUUUGUUGGUGUUUGAGUUCCAACAACUUACUACAAUGUAGACCUAUUGUUGCGGAUUGAGAUGUGAUGUUUGUGUCUGCUAAAAUGUUUUUGCAGAUUGAUAGAUUUUCAUCCUGGCAUAUAAUGGUGCUUCUUGUGAUACUUUGCCUUCUGAUAGGAUAUGGAAUUCUGUUGUGCUGCUGUCAGUUUUCAA